GGGUGCUGCUGCUUUCCGGUUAACAGCUAAUUUUGCUCUCAGAGUUUCUUAAUCUUCUCAUCGCUCAGGACCAGGAAGACAUAGCAGAGAAAAAUAUUUCCCUCUUUUCUUUGGUUGCUGGUUUUUUUUUUUUUACGUUGAGUGGGGGGAUUUAAGAAGAUGGAAAAAGGCUCCCAACCACAGGAAUCGGCUCCGCCCUAUCCUGGUCCUCCCAUUAAUUAUAACUUUGAUGGACUUCAGCCAGGGAUGUAUGCUCAACCAGGCUCCUCUGCUCAACAAAGCUUCCCUGCUCAACCAAGCUUCCCUGCUCAACCAGGUUUCCCUGCUCAACAAGGUUUCCCCGCUCAACCAGGCUUCCCUGCUCAACCAGGCUUCCCUGCUCAACCAGGCUACCCUGCUAACGCAGGCUACUCCACUCAACCAGGCUUCUCUGCACAACCAGCCUAUACCACUCAGCCAGGCUUCCCCCCUCAACAAUGUUUUCCACCUCAACAAGGUUACUCCACUCAACCAGGUUACUCUGCUGUCCCUACUGUGUCUCAUCUGGUAGUGGCACCUAGGCUAACUGAUGUUCCUGGACCAUUUUUGUGUCCUCACUGCCAGCAAACUGGGGUCACUCGCACAGAGCACACUGCGGGGCUGCUGACCUGGGCUACUUGUGCAGGGCUGGCUAUUUUUGGGUGCUGGCUAUGCUGCUGUUUCCCCUUCUGCAUCGAUUCCUGUCAAGAUGUGGAGCAUCGCUGUCAACACUGCCAAAAAGUGGUCUUCAUAUACAAACGGAUGUGAACCCAAGCUGGAAUGGGUCCAAAAAAGGCCCAGAUUAAUAGAUUAAAUUAUAAAUACAUUUUUGAUUACAUUAUAACAGCCUUGGGCCAGCCCACUAACGGGUUUUUGGAGGGAAUUAAAUUUCAUACAUUUUAAAAUAUGCUUUGUAAAUUCAGUUAAAUAUAAACUGUACUGCUACAUGUGGUCAGGCAUUUCAAAGACCUUGUGAGGAAACAUUGUUUUCAGUCUCAAUAUAUGUAUAAAAAAAAUUGUUUGCGUUCAGUUUUAAUAUCACAUAUUUAAUGGAGGAAAUGGAUGUCAUUUUUUUGUCAUACUGAUCUGUUUCACACAUGAACACAAACGAACAUGUUGUUUUUUGCUGACCUGUGAUGCUCUGAUUCAGCAGGGUCCACUUUAUUACAGUACUCUGACCUCCUGGAGCCUCGUGUGCCUUCUUGAUUUCUUAGAUCUAAUGUUUAUUUUUUGUUUAGUCCUUUCAAGGUAAGAGCUGGUCCACAGAGGGGAGGGGACAUAUAACUUGUAGCUGUCAAAUCUAAGCUAAAGCCGUAGCCCCAACUCUUUAAAAAAAAGUUGUGACUGUAUGUUACAGCCAACUUACAGUAGGAAUGAGUGUGGAGCAAAUUACAAACAAACAGGCUGAGGCAAAACGAUAAGUUGAGGCUUACAUCAUUGUUUGGGGUUGAGUUUUGAGAUGGUGUGUCCCAACCUCCCCCUCUGAGUGCAUCAGCUGUUACCAGCAGCUGUUGAGGCUGCUGGUAACAGGAAAUGAGCAGAGGCCAUGCCCUGCUCAUUUCCUGUUCCCCUCCCCCUAGUAGGCUGUGCAGGAGCAGACAUAGAGGGCGAGGCCAGGGGGACCAUGGCCAUCCAAGUCAAUCACAGACAGACAACCCCUGUGUAAUUUGUUGAUCCAAUGUGGAUGUAAUUCAACGCCUCUAGAAUAAGCACUCCUCUAAACCAGAGGGUGGCAGCAGAGACACCAUUAUGUGAAAUGUCCUACUUUGACAUUCUACCUGACUACUGGUAAUAAAUGUAACUAGAAUUUUCUGAUGUACAAAUAAAAUCCCAAGCGGGAACCUUUGUAAUUGCUGUUUUUUAUAUACCCCUAAAUCUGAGGCACAAGCAGCAUCACAGGUUUUGGUCUCCUGGGGUUAUUCAAGCUUAAAAAUGACUAUGGCCUGAACCAAAUAGGAGUUCUGCAGCGAGGUGAACUUACUGAAUACGUUAUAAUAAGCAUUAUAUAUCUGAACAGUGCAGGCAGUUACGAAAGUGCUGGACUGGCUUUACAAGAAGAAACAGCCUUUUUUUAUGUUAAAUGUUUUUUUAAAUGUUUCUAUUGUACUAAAUGCUGCACAUUGAAUUGCAAUCUUUAAGCUCCUAAGGGCAAUACUCUAUGUAGAGCUGAACUCUCAUCAUUCUAUCAGUAAUAGAAAUUAAACUUUUUUUCUUCUGUUUAGGGGCAACAUUGUAUGCCUUGUUGCUAUAUAGUUUGGAACUUCAUUUGGCGGAAGGAAUUGUGCUAUAACAUAUGUAGAUGUACUGUUCAAACUUCUAUAAAAGUAGUUUUUCCACAGAAAUUGUGUAAAAGAUCAGGGAU